AAUGACUCUUAUACAAAAACAAAUAUAUCUUAAAAAAUUGUUUGGAUAUGAUACAUUAAAGAAUGUUGAACAGAAACAAUUAAUAGAAAGACAGGUGGGAACAAAUGUAGUAGGAUAUGGGGUACGAAAAUCAAACCGACUUCGUCUACCGCUUGUUCGACUCAGCUUUCUGAGCUCUUCCGAAUAACGACAUGCUUGAGCUGUUUC